CGCUGCGGGACAGAAGCGCCGCCUGCGUCUCUUGUGGUCCUCCGGGAGAGAUCGGCUGCUUUGCUCAUCGGCUGCUGCUGCUGCUGCUGCUGCUGCACCACCACCACCAUGGACAUCGCGAUCCACCACCCCUGGAUGCGCCGACCCUUCGGCUUCCCUUCGCUUUUCCCGACCCGGCUCUUCGACCAGAGGUUCGGUGAGGGGCUGCUGGAGAGCGAUUUGUUUUCAGCCACGCUCAGCCCUUGCUACAUGCGAGCGCCAAGCUUGCAGAUGCCGCAGAUGCCUCCCAUGCCGGCCAUGCCCCCCAUGCCGGACACGGGGCUCUCCGAGGUGAAGAUGGACAAAGACAAGUUCUCUGUGUUGCUGGAUGUGAAGCAUUUUUCUCCCGAUGAGUUGAGCGUGAAGGUGGUGGGUGAUCACAUUGAGGUCCAUGCCAAGCACGAAGAACGCCCGGACGAACAUGGCUACAUCUCUCGGGAGUUCCAUCGCCGCUACAUGAUCCCCAAGGGGGUCGAUCCAGCAGCGAUCACCUCGGCCCUGUCUCCAGAUGGUGUGCUCUCCAUCACUGCACCCACUACCCCGGCCCUCCCUGGAACGGAGCGCACCAUUCCCAUCAGCCGCCAGGAGAAGCCGGCUGUCACGGGGAAAUAACCGGGUGGCCGCUUAGGCGGGCUUUUGCUUCCUGUUGUCGCCAGCAGUCAGCAUCUUGGACCUGCCCUCCCCUCGCUUGUAGCUACAAGGGCUAUUCCCUCAGAGCCUCAAAGGAAGUGGCAUUUCCUGCUCCCCCACUUCCUGCUGGGGGGUCUUGAUGGCAGAGACUCUAGGGCAGUAUUCUGUCCGGGUGCUUCCCCUGCAGUUGAGUAGGAUCUUCCGGGAGCAGAAAUGGGGCCUUUCAUUCUGGUUAGGAGUGCUCCUCUGUUACAGGUUCACUUUGUACCACUGUGCUGAAUUCCUCGCUUUCGGAUAAAUACAGAUCCUUGGUUACAUGUAUUUGCUUUACAAACCAAAAGGCUGUAGCAAAACCCAGUAUGGAUACUAAUAAAUUUGAUGUAACUGCC